CCUUCCUUCAAGACAUCCCAUGAAGAAGACGAAGGGCGGCAAGAUGGCGUCGCAGUAUUACCAAGAAAUGCAGGAGAGCUUCAGAAAUAAUAACAAAAGUCGGGAAUUCCCGGCUCAUACAGCCAAAGUACACUCGGUGGCGUGGAGCUGCGAUGGAAGGAGGCUCGCCUCUGGCUCAUUUGAUAAAACAGCCAGCGUUUUUAUCCUGGAAAAGGACCGCUUGGUGAAGGAGAACAACUACAGAGGACACAGUGACAGUGUGGAUCAGUUGUGCUGGCAUCCAACCAACCCAGAUCUGUUCGUCACUGCGUCUGGAGACAAAACCAUUCGCAUAUGGGACGUGCGCACCACCAAAUGUGUCGCCACAGUCAAUACAAAGGGUGAGAACAUUAAUAUCUGCUGGAGUCCAGACGGUCAGACAAUCGCAGUCGGGAACAAAGACGAUGUUGUGACCUUCAUCGAUGCCAAGACGCACCGCUCCAGGGCUGAGGAGCAGUUCAAGUUCGAAGUGAACGAGAUCUCCUGGAACAACGACAACGACAUGUUCUUCCUCACCAACGGGAACGGCUGCAUCAAUAUUCUCAGUUAUCCAGAUCUGAAGCCCAUCCAGUCCAUCAACGCUCACCCGUCCAACUGCAUAUGCAUCAAGUUCGACCCCACGGGGAAAUACUUCGCCACAGGAAGCGCUGACGCUCUCGUUAGUCUGUGGGACGUGGAGGAGCUGGUGUGUGUCCGCUGCUUCUCCAGACUGGACUGGCCAGUGAGGACGCUGAGCUUCAGCAAUGAUGGGAAGAUGUUGGCCUCCGCGUCUGAGGAUCAUUUCAUUGACAUCGCAGAGGUGGAAACAGGUGAGAAACUGUGGGAGGUUCAGUGCGAUUCUCCAACGUUCACGGUGGCCUGGCACCCAAAGAGACCCCUGCUGGCCUACGCCUGCGACGACAAGGAGGGCAAAUAUGACAACAACCGAGAGGCAGGCACAGUUAAACUGUUUGGCCUUCCCAACGACUCCUGAGGAGCUUCAGCUCCUCUGUUGGCAGGAGUACUUACACCUCGAUGACGAAGGUGGUGAAAUGUUAUAAAGAGGAACUGCAGUAACCUUCUGACACCAGCAGGUGGUGCAACUUUCCUUACUUUGCUCUGAAUCGGCUGAUGUCAUUCCCUGGUUGUUUUUAUACAGUAAAAACUCAUAGCUGUAAAAUAUUUUCAUGUAAGAUAAAGCGUGUGUGUGUUUUUUUUUUUAUAAUAAAAAUGGUUUCUUAUUGAAAUAUAGAAUUUGAGGUUUUCUUUUUGUAGCUUAGAAAGGUUUUAAACGUACUUAUAAAAAUAUUAACGGAUCCACAGUGAUUUCACAAGUUGUGACUUGGGAACCUUUUUAUAAUGUGAAGGGGGGAAAAUCUGCAAUCUUUUGAAGAUUCUGAUCACAGAGAUAUGGCUGUGUGAAAAUGGAUCUGAAAAUUAAUUUUCCAGUGACAGAAGUCGUACUUUUUUUUUAUUGCUACAAAUUUAAGGGCAUACUAAAGGUAGUACAUCCCACUGUUUGGUUAAUAGAUAAAACCCAACAGUCUGUAAACAAAACUUACAAAGGUGUUGCUUUUAUUGUAUUGUGUUAACCAAGAGAAGACAUCAGACAUGCACAUCAUUCUAGUGGUCAGGAGUUAAUUUUGAAACUAACUGAAGUCCUCCAUUCUAUAGAGAUUAUUUACAAGUGGAAAACAUUGACGGCAGCUAUCAGUCUUCCCAGGAGUGAGCAUUCUACCAAAUUCACCCCCAAUGAAUGCUGGGAGAAUUGUUUUCCACUUGGGAUUUAUG